UUUUCCUGAAGGAAAAUUAUGUAAGAGGAGUAGCUUUCUAAAGAAUAAUAAUAAGAAAUAAGUACAAUAUUUAAAGUGUGACUGCUGAAGUAAGUCAAACUAACAACACAAUAAUUGCCACCAUGAACACACACACAAACUUACACACACACACACACACACACACACACACAUGCAUGCACACACACAAACACACACACACACACACAGUGGGCAGCCGGGGGGCCCAGAACCAAAGCCAGACUGUCCAGCGCUCUAGAUGUAAGUAGUUGUUGGAUACCAGGACCAUCUGAUUUAUUACUCUGGUAUUUAUGUUGUAAUAUAUUUCAACUUCCUCAAACUUCAUUGAAACGCAUACAACACAAGUGCUUGAAAUAGUCUGAAGAAAUGUGGAAGAACUUGAACUUAAUCUUCAGGAGAAAUAUCCUGGGAGAGUGCCUUGAACAGUAGUUUCAAUUAAUUCUGGAGACAAGCAUGAGGCCAUUUGAGAUAAGAUAGGAUAAUAUGGUCAUGUUAUGUGUAUGGUUUUGCCUUCAGAGGUACUAGAUAUAUUUGUGUGAUUCACUUAUGAAUGUUGUAUUUAGGGACAAAAACUGGUUGGUUAGUUUCAGGUUGCCAAUUUAGAAUGUUGGGAAUAUGACCCUGUUAUUGGUUGUUUUGUGAAUAUUAUAAUAACAGAUGGUAAAGUAUCGCCUUUAGUACUGUAAGAUUCACACAUGGCACUGAAGCUAUGUUAGUCCCUUUGUCCAGAAGCUUGUACAAAGUAGUAGCUACACGAUUUUGCUCAACACUUACAACAACCUGCAUGAACAAACACUGAAGCUUGCACAGGAUAAAAGGUGGAGAGUCAGACCUUAGCAUUCUCUGGGUGAUAACUAGCGUUACUUGCCAUUAACAUCAUGCAAUAAACAGUGGAUGUUUCAGAAUUUAGGACUUUCUGGGAGUGGUCUGAGUGGUCUGAGUGGUCAGAAAACUAGCUGUUAUUGGAAGAGAGGUUUGGAACUCUCUUUCUUAUUUGUGUAUUACAGUUUUUUUUUCAAUUGCUAACACACUAAAAUGACAUGCACAGCACAAUUAUUUAAACUGAAACACAGAGCGCAAAACCUCUUCUCAAGUCUCCAAAAGUCUAAACACAUUUUCUGCUUUACACACAUUUUGCAAUUCAAAAUGGCACUUUUUAAAUGCACUGCACACGGUUCUCUGCAUAAGACACAACAAUCUGACAUAAAGUCACAUGUUUGCCAUUUCAAAACACUGCCAUUCAAAAUGACACUACAUGAGCUAAUUGGCCAAUACAUGUGCCACCUGGCCAAACACCUCAAUGGUUAAUUGUUACCACUUCAAUCAGGAAGUAAGCACUAUUAAAAGACCACAGGUGAGCACCUUUUGUUUUACAACAACAAUGGAAGACGUUGCAGAGAGCGGAAGAGGAAGAGGGAGGGUGAGAAUGAGAGGGGUAGGAAGAGUGAGAGGUAGGGGUAGAGCUGGUAGAGGAGUUCAUGGCCAAAGAAGACAACUUUCAAAUGAAAUCAGAGCAACCUUAGUUGAUCAUGUCAUCCACCAUGGGCUGACAAUGAGAGAGGCUGGACAGAGAGUACAGCCCAACUUGAGCCGUUUUACUGUCGCCUGUGUCAUCCGGACAUUUAGACUGGAGUACAGGUAUGUAACCAAAAUGUAUUUCACACUAUGUAGUACACCCCAUGUCAUAGUGUAUCAGUUGGGUGACACCUGUUUACUUCAUGAAUGGCUGAUGUCAUACACUAACUGCACAAGUUUCCUGUACAAUUUACUCUACUGUGGGGGAAAUAUCUUUAGGCUGCAUUGUCCAAGCCCUAUAUUUUAGUUUAUUUGUUUUUCUAAAGGACUGAGAGACGCAACCAUGGUGGAGGAAGGGGCCAAAUGUACACCGGGGUACAGGAAGCUGCCAUUGUAAACUUGGUUUUGGAAAAUAAUGAAAUCAGAUUACGAGAAAUUCAAAGCCACAUCAUCCAAGACAACACCAUAUUCAACAACAUUCAACGAGUCAGUCUGUCCACAUUGGCUCGCAUUCUCAAGCGAAACCAAAUCAGAAUGAAACAACUUUAUAAGGUGCCGUUUGAGAGAAACUCUCAAAGAAACAAAGAGGUCAGACGAGCAUAUGUGGAUGGAGUACUGGAAAUGGAUGCUCAUGCAAUCCCACAUGAGUUCAUCUUUAUAGAUGAGGCUGAGUUCAACCUAGCAAAGACCAGAAGAAGGGGGAGAAACAUCAUUGGCCACAGAGCCAUUAUAGAUGUUCCUGGCCAACGUGGUGGGAAAAUCACAAUGUGCGCUGCCAUCUCCAAUACGCAUGGUGUCCUCCACCGUCAUGCCAACGUUGGACCAUACAACACAGCCCAUAUUCUCACAUUUCUGGACAGACUCCACAGCAUUCUCAUACCACCAGAGCGUAUGAAUGAUGCAGACCAUCAAAGAACCCGGUACGUUGUAGUAUGGGACAAUGUGAGCUUUCAUCGUGCAGCCCCAGUCCAAAACUGGUUUGCUGACCACCCACCAUUUUUCGUGCAAUACCUCCCACCAUACUCACCAUUUCUGAACCCCAUAGAAGAGUUAUUUUCAGCAUGGCGGUGGAAGGUAUACGACCGGCAGCCCUUUGUGCGCAUGCCUCUUGUGCAGGCUAUGGAAGAGGCAUGUGAUGAGAUUGAUGUGGGUGCGAUUCAGAGAUGGAUAAGGCACUCAAGGCGCUUCUUCCCUCGAUGUCUGGCAAGGGAAGAUAUUGCCUGUGAUGUGGACGAGCCGUUGUGGCCAGACACAGCUGUGCGGCAAGAUGCUGCCUAAUUAUUUUUCUUGCCUAUUUUUUUUUUCUAUAUAUUUUUUCAGCACAUUUUUUCUGCAAUUUUCUUUUUCAGUUUACUGUUUUUUGUGAGGAUAUUUUUGUUCAGUCCAAUGUGAAUAUAUCUGCUGUGCAUAUGUUGCACUGACUUGUUUGGUGACAAAUACAAACAUAAGUGUUUCAACAGCAUGUGUGUGUAUCUGCAAAUAUUUCUGUGCAUGUGAACAAUCUGAAGAAUUUUCUACAAUUUGAACUAUUUUAGUAUUAUGGCAAAGCACACUAAAGAUGAGAGUGCUUUUCAUUAUGCCCAACAGUGUGUAGUUGGUUAGACAAAAAUCUGGUAAUAUGAAUGAAGUGUGUGCCAUUUCGUGCAAACGUUUGAUUUUGAUAAUGCUAUAUGUAGUUUUGGUUGCAGUGCUUCAUUUUGCAGGUACUUUGCAGUUUGGGUGUGUGGUUUUGUGAAUUGUGUUAAGUAUUUUGACAAAACCAGCCUAGUUUGCAAAAUUGUGUUUUAGCAAUUGGGAAAAACUGUAACUAAUUUACCACCUAGUCACCAGGCAGGCCAAAACUCCAUCAGACCAAAAUAGGCUGAAAUUCCAGGCAGUGUUUUCAAACAGCUGCUCCGGUCAACUAUAAGUGCUGUUAUUAUGAAGUGGAAACGUCUAGGAGCAACAACGGCUCAG